CCUUAAUCAAUCAAACCCCAUGGCCACAUUUCAGCUUCUCCGAUCACUCCCGCCGCUCCUCCUCCUCAUCCUCCUCGCCGCCGCAGCCACGGCGGCUCCGGUGGACGACAUUUGCCGGGAAACCAAAAACGCCGCGCUCUGCCUGUCGGUUUUAAAUUCCGAUGCCCGGAGCAAGACGGCGAAUCUUCCGACGCUGGCGCAGAUCGCCGUUGACGCGGCGGAGUUCGACGCCGGCCAGUCGAAGCAGAAUAUCGAUCGAGCUCUGGUGGCGGAGAAGGACCCGAAAAGGAGAGCUAAUCUUUUGCAGACGAAGAAUCUAUGGAUGGAUGCGCUGGACGCUGUUUUAGCCGCCGGGAGAGAUUUGCCGGCGCGGCGGUACGCCGCCGUGAAGGCCAGCGGGAAGAAGAUCAGCGAUUCGGUUGCGGCGGCGGCGGCGAAGUGGAACGCCGGCGUGUUUCCGUACCUGAAGGAGGAAAGGAAGAUUGAGAUCGCCGGUGAGGCUAUUGCUGUGAUCGCCGGGAAACUGUGA